AUGCUGCACCGCUCUGCGCUGGCGCUCGCGCUCUGCAGCGGCCCGCCGCCGGCUGCCCUGCGAGAGGCGUCCGCUGCCCGCUGGCGGUGCGGCGUGGGCGCCAGCGAGGCGCCGCCGCAGCCGCAGGGAGAGGGGCGGGCUGGCGCGCACGCCCCGGCGGGGCCGCCGGAGGGCCGCGGCCCCCACGGGCCCGACCACGAGGAGAAGGUGAGGGAGCAGAUCGAGCGCCUAAGGCGGCAGAUCUCGCGCGCGGAGCAGCGGGGCAGCGACGCGGCCCGGGCGCGGGCCGCCGCCGGGCGGAACGCAACCCUGGAGGCGGACGAGGCCAAGGGCGUGAGGGAGAAGCUGAACGCAGCGUCGCAGCAACUCCACGCCGUGCAGGCGGAGAUAGACCAGCUGGAAGGGCAUCUGAAGGCGCAGGGACUCGCAUCCACCGAGCAACGUUGCCGACGCGGUGGGGAGUUAGAUCGUUGGCAACGUUAG